UUUUCCUGUUAUGACUUACAGACAUGUGUAGCAAACCCACAAAGAUCUGGGGUUUGCAGUGGCCUACAGCUUUGCAGAGUGCAGCUCUCUCUUCAGAUGUUUUCCACCUUCUGCACUUUUUGCAUCUUUGAGAUCUUAUUUUCAGUGAAGUGAAGCACAGAGAGGAAGAAAAAAUGUUUUACCUUCAAUAACUGAACGAAAACACACAGAAUCUGUUUAAAAUUAAGGUCGACUUUCAGAAUGAAGGUGAUUGUGUUGUUUGUGUUUGUGCUGGGUGCACUCUCUGCUGCAGGUGAAGAUUUUUUUGCAAAAGUCGGGCAGAAAGUCACAUUGAACUGUGGAGUCAGCAGCUACAGACCCUCUCUGCAGUGGCGUCAUAUAAAUGACUUUCUUCAUAGUGUUGAUCAGAGCGGCUUCCCUCGCAAAGGCUAUGUUGAACUUGUACGGAGGUCAGUCGUGAGACAGAACAAUCUGGAAAUCUUCAGUGUGAAAGAAACAGAUGCUGGACGGUUCACAUGUUUCGCAGAUGGGACACGUCAUAACCAUUCACUUGUUGUGCUCUCAGUUUUGGUCUCCGUCCAACCCUCUGCUGUUCUCGAGCUAAACAAUGAGGCAACGCUCAGGUGUGAGUUGAAAGGUCAGCACCGUGGUUGUGAAGUGAAGUGGAGAAGUCCAAAUACAUAUUCACUCACAAAUACAUCAACAGUUCAACUCAAACCUGUAAAAACCUCACAUAACGGGGCCUGGGAGUGUAUCAUCACCUGUGGCAGGAAUACAUUUAGUGAGCCUCUGGCCAUCACAGUACAAGAGCCUCCAACUACAACAACUCCACCAACCACCCUGAAGAACAUCACAUUAUUUGUAACGAGUGUUCAGGGUACAACAUGUACAACAUGUACUGCCAACUAUUGCCCACUGGGACUCUCCUGUUGGAUGUGGUUUGUGAUUGGGGUGUGCUGCCAGUGUGGGAUGCUCCUCAUAGUUUUUGUCACUGUCUUGUGUAAGUGUAUAAAAAGAAGGGCAGUAUUUGAGGAAAGGCGUUCAUCCAAUAUUUAUGUAUAGAGUUGAUAGCUGAUGUUAAAAGAAACCAAAAGAAAAUGGGUUAAAGACCUCCUGCACCACUGUGUUUACAGAUUAUGUUGGUCUUCUGUUCAGUCAUCUUCACUGAAUGUGUAACUGAUCAGAGUCAUGAUUUCACUCCACCAAGCUUUUACAAAAGUCCUUGCACGCUUCACAACUGGCAAAAGUCUAAAUGAGUGUCUCAGAUUGUGUAUUACACUCUUCAGUAAAUUGGUGCAGAUUUACAGAUGAGGUGUCCGUUUGUUUCCUGGGCCUUCCUGGGUGAAACUAAGAACCAACUAAGAUCUCUCGGACAUCUGUUCAGGCUUUACACACAAAUUACACUUUAUUGCCAAAAGUAUUCACUCGUCUAGCUUGACAUGCAUAUGAACUUGAGUGGCAUCCCAUUCUUAAUCCAUAGUGUUUAAUAUGAUGUAGGACCAACUGUGGCAGCUGAAACUCUCAUAGGAAGGCUUUCCAAAGGUUUAGGAGUGUUUAUAGGAGUUGUUGGUGCUUCUGUACACCUGUCUAGAAGCACAUUUGUCAGGUCAGACACUGAUGUCAGACUAGAAGGCCUGGCUCACAGUCUCCGGUCUAAUUCAUCCCAAAGUUGUUCUGUCGGGUGGAGGUUGGGACUCUGUGCAGGCCAGUCACGUUGUUCCAACAGGAACGGGAAGAGAC